AUGGUCUCUCGCGCCGAAGUGGCAGAUCACUCGCGCGGCGCACGCUCUGUUGCUUCACGGACGUCCCGUUCACGACACCACCAUCACCGAGGCGCGACGCAGUAUGGUGGGUCAACCCACGCUCCCCAGAAUGAAUUUCCAUUCUUCUCCCAGUCUGGGGAUGUCGAGCUAGUCGUGUCGUGCGACGGGCAGGAGAAGAAGUACCUCUUACACCGAUUCACACUGGCGCAAUUUUCGGGCUUCUUUGAGGCAAGCACAAGCGCAGAGUGGUCGCAGGAUCAGACUUUGCCUCUAGCCUCGUCUGCUUUCCGACCAGAGCAGGCGUUGAGUGCCAUCAGGGAAGAGGUAUCUCAGUUGAGUGGAACUGCGGGACCAAUAUCAGCAGCGGCAGUGGCCGCCAACACUACGCAACCGGCUUCAGGUUCACCUGAACGGCCGAGGUGGAGAUACGAGCUUGACUGGGAAAAUCUAGAAGAGGAUGAUGAGCCCAUUUUGGUCAAGCGAACACCAGAAGGAGUACUCUUUCGUCCUUCACAACCACCUCUACAACCACAACAGCCACGACCGAGACCCCAACCUUCCCAUACUUCCUUUUUCCGGUCCAUGGCCAACCUUGCGCUAUCCCAUCAUGGACCAGCUUCACAGUCAACCGCUCAACUUGACAACACUGUUCCGGAUCCUGCAAUGACAAAUCCCUUAUUACGAGAUUAUGAUAACCUCUUCCGUAUUUUCUACAACUUCCCUCCAGUACUCAAUGCGAGCAAUAUUGCCUCAGCUUAUUCGGAGUGCAAAGCUUUACUGUCGCUGGCAGACAUGUAUGAUGCUCUCCCUGUUGUUGGCCCACGGAUUGACCAUCACCUCCUCCGCUUCUCAAGCCGUCUAUUCAAACAGAUUGCAAAAUACCCUCCGAGCUAUCUCAAACUAGGAUAUCUUGCACACAGCAAAACGAUAUUUUCUGAAGCACUCACUCACGUUGUUGGCCAGUGGCCUGCCGCCUUGCCUUAUCUGAAACCGCCCGAUCAUUCUGGAGGUGGUUACGAGGUUCCAGUUACAGUAAUUCAUUUGAUUGAAGAUCUGGUGGAAGAACUGGAAGAAUUAAAACAGAAGAUUGAGACGAAACUUUUUCGAUUGACCCUGACCACAUCUCGUGGCGAAAGAGUCAAUCCUUCCAACGACUACCUGGGGUGGUUAGCCAUGAGCUUGUGGAGGCAAUGGCUCGCCGAAAAUACAACGCCUGAAGUACGGGGAAUUCUGAAAAAUGCACCGACUUCGAGACCUGGCACUGCGAAUAACAGUGCUCAAAACCCCAAUGCAUUGAUUCCUGCUGCCAACAUUCCCGGACGACCACCUGUUCCAGGCCCUCCACAACUCCAGCCUCAGCCUUCUCCAAUUCAAACCGGCCGCAUCUUCCGCCUCAUCGGCAGCACGAAUCCAGAUUCUUUCCUCAACCACGAUGAACUUAAACGGUUCCUGAAGAUCCAGCCUCCAGGUACGACCUCUGCAUCUGCAACUCUGUAUACGAGAGAUAAUAUUCGACGAUUCGAGCGCAAGAUCGAUGAGAUUAAAAAUGUCGCUAGAGAUAUCGUCAAACCAUUGACGAGAAAUUGCCUCGAGCUUGAUCUCCGAAUGUUGGCAGAUGGUGGAGGUGGCGGUCUUGGCUAUCUCACGUGCACCAGAGUUGAGGAUGCAGAUCUGCCUUGGGAGAUGUGA